AGGCGGUGGAACUGGAAUAGGCGUGCUCAGCCACACCUCCCUAGCCCUCCAGCUGUUAAAGCUCCCAAGGAGGGCGAGAACUGGGCUGCUGCUGCUCGGCCGGGGUUGCAGAAGCGGCGGAGGUGACGGCGUUACCGGUGCCCUGAGACUCGAAAAGCUUUGGGGAAACAUUUCACCAGGAGGUUGUUCAAGAAGGCAAGAGGAUGGCCACGUCGGCUCCCCCAGGCUGCGGCAGUAUCCAUGCUGACUAUUACCGGCUCUGUGACACCCAAGAGGCCUGGGGGAUUGUCCUGGAGUCACUGGCUGCAGCUGGUGUCCUCGUCACCAUUUUCCUCAUCUGCUCGCUCUUCUUUCUCAUCUGUAAAGUCCAAGACAACAGCAAGCGGCACAUGAUCUCCAUCUAUUUCUUCUUUCUCUUAGGCACGCUUGGCAUUUUUGGUCUCACUUUUGCCUUCAUCAUUAAAGCCAAUGACAGGACUCUCCCGACACGCUUCUUCCUAUUUGGAGUCAUCUUUGCUCUCUGCUUCUCAUGCCUCCUCACCCAUGCCUGCAACCUCAACAAACUAGUGAGAGGAAGAAAGCCCUUCUCCUGGGUGGUGUUGCUGCUCCUCAUUGUUUCCUUUGCCCUGGUACAAGUUGUGAUCAACAUUGAAUACUUAGUCACCAAGCUAGUAAAGCAGAGAGAUGAAUUUCUGAAAGAACCUGAGAAGGCCAACAAGGACUUUGUCAUGCUUUUGAUCUACGUGCUUUUCUUGAUGGCUCUGACCUUUUUGGUUUCCAUGUUCACAUUCUGUGGGUCAUACAAAAACUGGAAGAGGCAUGGGGCACACAUCUUUGUCACUAUCCUGUUCUCCAUUGCCAUUUGGGUGGUGUGGAUCACUAUGCUCACAAAAGGCAAUGCAGUUUUAAAGCAGAAUAUGUGGGAUGAUCCUGUCGUGGCCAUUGCUCUGGUAUCCAAUGGAUGGAUCUUCCUGAUAAUGUAUAUUGUCCCUGAAAUUUGUUUCCUCACUGCCCCUCUGAAGCUGGAGGACUACCCUCCAGAAAAUGACUUCUGCCAACCCAAGUUCCUAAAGCAGACAACUGGAGUGGACAACCGUGCCUAUACCCAAGAUGAAAUUGUGCAAGGAGACCUCAGCUACUCCCCAUACUCCUCUCACUUUCAGAUGAAGACCAUCGAACCCCAGAAUGAUUUCUCCAUUCCUCGGCCCAAGGCCCGAACAAGCCCAUACCAUGACUACACUGGUGGGAAAGGUCCCAUGUAGCAGCUCCGCAGGGAGCAAAGAGACUAAGUGACCUUCAGCAGAGACACUGGAAAUGGGCCACAUGGUGACAAAUGAGUCAAUCCUCCAUAAGAGACAAUGUCAACUCACAUUGACAAAAGAGGAGAGGGAUCCUCUUUUCCCUGCACAGGCACCCUUAUAUCCCCCUCUCAUUCCUCAAACACAACUUUCAGACACUGCUCUGGCCAUCCUGUCCCUGCUCACUCCAUUUCUCCGUGGGAUGGAGCUCACCUCUUCUGACAGACGAACAUGAUGGGAAGAGCUUGUCCUGGCCUAUUUUCAGCAGGAAUGCUGUAGGGCUCGAGCAGCAGGAAAGAUCAUCAGCCGGGUCUGCAACUGGCUCUUCCCCAGCCAGGACUCGCUUUGAUCAUCUUGUGGGGAUGCCUGCACCCCACGUCUGACGGGAGAAGAGGCAGGAGCAGGAUCAUCAGCCCUACACAUCCCCACUCCUGCCCACCCAUGAACACAUCUCAGGUACUACUGAGAACACCCUUAUCUAUCCACUGUUACUUCUGUGCCCACUCCCAGCCCUGCCUGGCUUUCCUCCAGAGAUCAGUGGGGAAGUGACAGACAGAGAGGGAGAGAGAACGAGUAUUCCUUUUUUCUUUUUCAUAGAAUCAUAGAAUGGUUUGGGUUGGAAGGGACCUUAAAGAUCGUCUACUUCCAACCCCCCUGCCACGUGGCUUCACUUUCAACCCCUUCCUCAUCAUCUAGAGACCAUGGUGGAGAGGGGGAAGAAAACUUAAAGACAUAAAAACAUCCGCCCCUAUUUACCCUGACACAUUUUCUGAUUUGUGCUCUAGCAUCAGCCUCCCUCCUAGCUCUGACUGCUGACCAGGCACCCCAGCUGAGCUCCCCAGGCUGUCUGCCCGCCCCCGCAAACCCUCCCUCCCCACCCCUGCCACCCCAGGCUGUGGAUCCCUGCAGACGAAACCUCUUCCACGCAACUGCUUGCAAUACCCUGGUGGGAUUUAAUCCUGUGCGCCUUGGAGCUCUGCCUCCUCCCCGGUGUGUCUGUGGCAUUAACACGAACAUUUCCCAAGCAGCCAGGUUACGGAGCGUGGACACCCGUCUUCCCAGGAAUGAGCGAGCAUGAGUGUGCGUGUGUGUGUGUGUGCGUGCGUGCGUGUGUGCUGUGUGGACUGCACCCUGGCGAUGAGCAACGAGUCCACAGAGUUGAAUCAUUCCGUAGCCUGCUUUGCAUUUGGUAAAUAGCUUUCCAUGAUAUUUCAUGUAUAAAUACACAGAGCUCUCCAAGUGGGUGUGUAUGGUACACUGGUGUCUGAUGCAGCUAUAUAUUUAUUUAGUACUUUUUAUGUGGAAUAUUUAAUUAAUAAAA